AUGGUCGCCAUCGCGGCAGUGACGCCAGUGGCUCCGGCAGGAGGCAGCCUGGGCAGCCACGACAAGAUGAUCACGCAGGUGGCCGCAGUGGGUGUACUGGUGGUGGCCAGGGAGACGCGCGAGCUGCUCCCCUACCCCUACGCGCAUGUGCUGCUGCAGGAGCUGCUCGGGGAGAACAUGGACAUCAAGGACGACCUGGUGGAGCUGGGCGACCCGGAUCGCGAGCUGGACUGUGGGGCCUGCUACCUCGUGGACGGGAACCACGCGAUACGG